AUGAAAAGCUUUCAGGAAAUAGGCGCCAUAGCAGCGUUAAAAGAAGUGGCAUCAAGUCCGGAUGAAGUUGCUGCCAAAUUUGCUAGCGAAGCUUUAACUAUUAUCGGUGAAGAAGUGCCAUAUAAAUUGACCCAGCAAGUUCCAUGUUGGACUAUAGCGGAUGUUCAAUACUGGGUAAAGAAAAUUGGAUUUGAGUCAUAUGCUGAUGCAUUCGCAAAGCAUAUGGUUGACGGUGAUCUACUGCUGUUGUUGACUGAAAAAGAACUUGAACAAGAUCUUCAAAUGACUUCAGCUCUUCUCAGAAAACGUUUCAUAAGGGAAUUAGAAAGUCUUAAGAUCGCUGCCGAUUAUGGUAGUGUCGAUGAAAGCCAACUCGACCAAUUUUUAAUGUCACUUAGCCCCGAAUUAUCAGUUUAUACUUAUCAAAUGCUUGGUAUGGGAUUAAAUCGAAGUUUAUUGCCUUCUCUAACCGAUGAAAUGAUGAAAACUGUUUGUGGAAUUCAUAAUCCAAUUCACCGGUUAAAAUUACGUCAAGCACUUCAAGAUAGUAAGCAUAUUGAUGAUAUUGAAGUAGCAAUACUUAGCAAACAAAUUGAUGUGUUUAUAAGUUAUCGCAGAAGUACGGGUAAUCAAUUGGCCAGUUUGAUUAAAGUUUUGCUUCAGUUGCGCGGAUAUAAAGUUUUUAUUGAUGUCGAUAAAUUGUAUGCGGGCAAAUUCGAUUCGUCUUUACUAAAGAAUAUUCAAGCAGCGAAACACUUUAUUCUCGUUUUGACUCCGAACUCACUCGAUCGCCUUUUUAAUGACCAUAAUUGUGAAGAUUGGAUCCAUAAAGAGCUUCGAUGUGCUUUCGAUCAUCAUAAAAAUGUCAUACCAAUAUUUGAUCAACACUUUGAAUUUCCCGCUUGUGAUACUGAUUUGCCGGCCGAUAUUCGUCAUAUCACUCGCUAUAAUGGCGUUCGAUGGGUGCACGAUUAUCAAGAAGCUUGCAUGGACAAAGUGGAACGAUUCAUAAAGGGUGAACUGAAUAGAACUCCCAGUAUUGGUCAACAUCAGGUAUUUAUGGAUGGACCAUCGAAAUGCUCAGUAGCGAAUAGGCAGCAUAAUAUGGAUGUUCCGAGUAGCCAUUGUACGGUAAUAAAUAUUUAA